AUGAAUGAAUGCAGAAUAACAAGGAAGAAAACUUCCUGCUAAAAAAAGUGAGCUUUUGUGGAUUACCAGUUGAAAGAGACAAAAGGAUAUUUGUCCUGAGGAGUCCUGAGAAGGAAGAGAUGCCUGGAAGCCAGAUGGGUCGAGGCCACUCAGAAAGACAUAUGAGGAAAAUGACGCAAACAGAUCCUUGUGAAAAAGGUGACAUUGUCUUAAAUGGAAGUAUCUUCCAAGAGAGGGUCUGCAGGAAUAAGAGAGAAGAGGCUGACUCGAAUAAAAGCCUGUGUCAGAGUUCUGAGAUUUUUGAGAAUCAGCGUGAGCAAACAGGAGGAAAGCUACAUAAAUGUUCAUAUUGUUGGGAAACUUUUCAUGAGAGAGUCCAUAUGGUUAUGCAUGAGAGGAGUCACACGGGAGAGAAACCAUAUGAAUGCACAGACUGUGGGAAAACAUUUAGAAUCAGCUGUGAGUUUGUUGAUCAUAUCAGAAUACACACAGAGGAGAAAUCCUAUAUCUGUGCCGUGUGUGGUCAAAGCUUUCACCUGAAAUCCAACCUGACCGCACAUAAGAGGACUCACACAACUGAAAACCCCUACGAGUGCUCUGAAUGCGGACAAAACUUUGGCAAGAGAUCACAUCUUGUGACACAUGAGAGGACCCACACUGGAGAAAAGCCAUAUCAGUGCUCGGAUUGUGGGAAAUACUUUAGUCAGAAAGGAAAUCUGGUUUCACACAUGAGAAUUCAUACAGGGGAGAAACCAUAUCAGUGUUCCCAGUGUGGCAAAUCUUUCUCUCACUGCACUUCCCUGAUGAUGCAUGUGAGGACCCACACUGGGGAAAAGCCAUACAAGUGCUCAAUCUGUGAAAAAAGCUUUGUUAAUAAAGGAAACCUUGUCUCACAUGUGAAAAUCCACACUGGGGAAAAGCCCUAUGAAUGCACCGACUGCGGGAAAAGCUUCAGCACCAGUUUUCAGUUUAUAGAACAUAAAAGGCUGCAUACAGGGGAGAAGCCAUACACAUGUGCAGAGUGUGGGCAAAGAUUUAAUUCGAAAUCAAAUCUCAUUACACACAAAAGGACCCACACGGGGGAGAAACCCUACCAAUGCAGUGUCUGUGGAAAAGGCUUCCGAGUUAAAUCAUCCCUCACAAAACAUGUCAGAAUCCACACAGGAGAAAAACCAUAUGAAUGCCCUGAAUGUGGGAAAAGCUUCAACACCAGCUCUUUGCUUGUCAAUCACAAAAGGGUUCAUACAGGAGAGAAGCCCUAUACUUGUUCUGGCUGUGGGAAAAGUUUCCGUCAGAAAGGCAACCUUAUUUCACACAUGAGAAUUCACACAGGGGAAAAGCCAUAUGAGUGCCCUGACUGUGACAAAAGAUUCAUUGAUAAAAAGUCCCUUAUUAAACACAUGCGGACACAUGUGGGCAAACAAUCUUAUGAGUGCCCCGAAAGUGGGCAAAACUUUGAGUAUAGUUGAAUAUUUCCAUAGAGCACUGGAGAAAAUCAGCAAAGAUUCAUGGAGGACUAAGGCUACAAGGACCAUUGUAUUCUAGGGAAGGCUAAAGCUCUGCAAGAAUAUAAAAAAGCAUUUCAGACUUUCAGUCAUGUUGUGCUAAACUCAGACUGUUCAGUGGGAAUCUUUCACAUUUGGGAAAAUUCACGCUGUAGGUAAUGCUGAAAAAUAAUUUGACAAGGGAUCAGAUGUUCCAAAGUAGUUCCUAGUCAUUGGAAAACGUGGUGCAGUUGGUGAGGCCCUGAUUAGGUUUUGCACAAAAGUUGUAGAUCAGGAGUGUCAAACUCAUUUGUUGCGAGGGCUGGAUAUGUCAUAGAUGUGACUUGGUCAGGCCAGGCCAGAAUGGCAUGGGGUGUGUGUGUAUGUGUCUGUCUGGAAUGAUGAGCCCACAGCCGGGUGGAGGGGCUGCCUUGAGAGGGCUUAUCAGGCGUGCAAGCCAGCUGAGGCAACCCCCACCCUCACUCCCAAUCUGGCCUGGCACUCCUGGUGUGGAUGUUUCUGAAAAUAAUGAUUGUACAUCUGGUCCACUAACCCUCAUUCUGCAUUUUUCCUGAAAUCAACUCUGUACUCCUGGCUGCCAAUAGCAGAGGGCAUGGACAUUUGUAAUAUGGUGAUAUUAUGACUCAAAAUAAAUCCUACUUCUAGGCUUCCCCAUGGUCUCUGACUGUUUGCUGUUGGUAACAGGAUGCUAGAUUAGAUAGGCCAUUGGUUUGAUUCCGCAGGGUUGCAUUUUCUGUUCUUGCAUUUCAGAGAGGAAAGGGAACUUGAUGUGCCACUGCUGUUUUCAGUACAUUUAGGGAAACAUCUCAUUUGUCCCCGAAAAGCCGUUUCAUUUCUCUUACCCUCUUUGCCUUUUAGCCAUGUGAUGUGGUACUAACACUUCAGUAGGAAUUAUUUUUCUAACUUGUAAAAUGAACAUGUACAGUUACUGCAUUUUAAUGCCCUGGAGUAGGAUCAUUAAAGAGCUUGGCGUUGUGUCAAACUGUUUUUAGUUAAUAGCUUUUAUAUAAUUUGUUUCCAACAGUGGUUACCAGCCAAAAGCUGGAGCGAUCAGUCAGAAAUUUGAACAAAUUUAUGCGUGGAACUUAAACUUAGUUCACACAUAUAAAUUAAACUAUUGAUCUGAUGUGAAA